AUGGUGUUACGCCACGAAACAGGAUGGCACUUAGAUUACCCAACAGACGGACCUGACCGUGUCGCCGAUGCCACUGAUGUGGUCGAAGGCCUACGCCAAAACAAGAAAAUCCUGAAACGACUGAAUCUGGAUUUUGGGUCAAGACACAACACCGAAAUUGAGUUCUUCCGACCCCUGCCACCGAUUAUGGAUUUCACAGCUUUGACGACAUUACACGUCACACAAGGAGAGCUAGGCUACGACUUCGCGUGGCGCAGGGAGUCCUUGAGCGAUACGCUACCCAAGUCCAUUGGGAAGCUGUUCAUCGACGAUUUCGAUAUGGGUUCCCGACAUUUGGUCCUCGAUCUCGCGAAGCGGGUGUCGGUCGGACAAUACCCGAAUCUUAAGCAUGUGAGGCUGAAGGGCCUUCAUAGGCAUUCUAUGAGUGGAAUCUCCUUUCUUGCGUCUAUGCAAGACGACCUGGAAUACGGUGACGGCGGUGACGGCUUCGAUAGUACAAAUACGGAUAUACAGGUGGACUACAUCCAGCCUGAUGGAGAGGGGGAGGACGAAGAAAACAAUGAGGCGGUGUCUGGGGACAGCGACACCGACUCAAGUUUUCAUGAUUUUUUGACCUCUGACGAGGAGUGGGGGGAAGUUAUCCGCCUCUGUUUGAGCGACCACGUCUUGAUGUCCUCGAUCGCGCGUCAGGUUCGGGACGACUCACAAAUGAUGCUCUACUCAGCACUCGAUUCUGUGCCGCUGAGGAAGAAAGUUAGAGCGUUGUUCUCGAGGGCAAAUGUCAAGUUUGAAUGUGUCGGGGUUGUCAUUAAGGAGAGUGUGGAUGGAGGAGUCUAUGCUGUAUGGAU